UUUAAAAAUUUCCGCAUUUGAAAAUGGACGAGCGAACUAUUCAAUGUUCUUAUCCAGAAUGGUGUUCUAGAUGUGGAGUUUUGAAUGUUACUGAUAUUGAAGGAUUAAAAAUAAAUUCCUCUAAGUGUCUGAAGUUUUACGAAUUAGAAUACCCCCUCGAAAUCAAUCACCCUCUAGGGACUCUGAAAGAGGGGAAAAGAUGCUGCGAUGGAACAUUGACGAUUUACUAUACCUCGAAUUCAUCAGAGACGCUACAUGCCGGAGGGUUACACAUACCCCUGAAUACUACCGAACAAUUCAUAACCAACGCAACAGAGCAAACCUCGACUGAGCUGGCUAAGCGAGAAAUUCCCCCCUCCGUUAUAAACGUUUACCAUCCCUAUUUCCCCCUGAUCCUCUCUGCCGCAGUAGGGGGCUUACUUGCGUUGCUGGUCUUUGUCAUUUUUCUAUCAGCGAGAAUGAGAUCACAAAAACUUAAACCAGGAUUCAGCGUGUCAAAAAGUGUCCAACUUGAUGUAAUUCUCAACGAUUACAAUCCACUUGCAACACAUCACGAAGAUACAGAGCGAAAAACCAUUCAGUCCUGGAGGAAGUCUCCUAUUACCUUGAGAGGAUUCAAUGAUCAGAUCCAAAGGGCACCUAUCACAAAUACUUUGAAUCAGGAAAAUACACUACAUCGUCAAAAUAGAUCAACACCUCCGGUACAGGAAUGUAACAUCAAUAUUCUAUCAUCUGACCAACCAGUCACAGAAGAGGAAUCAAUUUACGUGAAUGAAUUGGAAGGUAUUUACGUGAAUACCGAUGAAAAAGUGUCCUUGAAUGAUGAUGAUGAUGAUGAUGAUGAUGUUACCGGACUAUCAGGCAAGGAUGGAGUCCUUAAUGGAAUCGAUAUUCAAGUUCACAUUUUCCGCUUGUAA